AUGUCUAUCUUGCUCGCCAGUGCUUUCCCAGCUCCUCAAACAGUGCCCGUCACAGACCAGGCUUUCAAGAACAGUUUGUGCAAUAAAUGUUACAGCUCUUACGGAAUGUACAUUAUAGCAGUUGCUUUUUACCUCCUUGCUGCUGAUGAGAAGAAUGUCAGAAUAGGAAAGGUCCACAAGCAAAGGAUGUUUUCUUGGAACUUUGAAAAAUUUAAAAUCAUGAAACAUCUAUUGCUGCUAUUAUUAUGUAUUUUUAUAGCUGGGUCCCAAGCUGUCAGUGACUACGAUGAGGCCUCUCCGGAUGCCCGUGGCCAUAGGCCCCUUGACAAGAAGAGGGAAGUGGCUCCCAGCCUGAGACCUGCCCCAGCUCCAAUCAGUGGAGGUGGCUACCGUGCUCGGCCUGCCAAAACAGCUGCCAGUCAGAAGAAAGUGGAAAGAAAAGCCCCUGAUGCUGGGGGCUGUCUUCACGCUGACCCAGACCUGGGAGUGUUAUGUCCUACAGGAUGUCAGCUGCAAGAGACUUUGGUCAGACAGGAAAGACCAAUCAGAAAUAGUAUCGAUGAGUUAAAUAAUAAUGUGGAGUCCGUUUCCCAGACCUCUUCUCACAACUAUCAGUAUAUUACUCUGCUAAAAAACAUGUGGAAAGAGAGGGAGAAGCAAAUGAAAGAUAAUGAGAAUGUAAUAGAUGAGUACUCCUCUGUGUUGGAAAAGCACCGAAUAUAUAUAGACGAGACUGUGAAUAGCAAUAUCCCAACUAACCUUCGUGUGCUCCGCUCAAUCCUGGAAAACUUAAGAAGCAAAAUACAAAAAUUAGAAUCUGAUGUCUCAACUCAGAUAGAUUACUGCCGCACCCCAUGCACGGUCAGCUGCAAUAUCCCUGUGGUAUCUGGAAAAGAAUGUGAGGAAAUUAUCAGGAACGGAGGUGAAACAUCUGAAAUGUACCUCAUUCAGCCUGACAAAGCCAUCAAGCCAUAUAGAGUAUACUGUGACAUGAACACAGAAAAUGGAGGAUGGACAGUAAUCCAGAACCGCCAAGAUGGCAGUGUUGACUUUGGCCGGAAAUGGGAACCAUAUAAACAAGGAUUUGGAAAUAUUGCAAGGAAUGAAGAAGGAAAAAAUUACUGUGGCUUACCGGGUGAGUAUUGGCUUGGAAAUGAUAAAAUUAGCCAGCUUACCAGGAUGAGACCCACGGAACUUUUGAUUGAAAUGGAGGACUGGAAAGGAGACAAGGUGAAGGCACACUAUGGAGGCUUCACUGUGCAGAAUGAGGCCAACAAAUACCAGCUCUCGGUGAACAAAUACAAAGGCACAGCUGGCAACGCCCUGAUGGAUGGAGCUUCUCAGCUGUUGGGAGAAAACAGAACCAUGACCAUUCACAACGGCAUGUUCUUCAGCACGUAUGACAGAGACAACGACGGCUGGAUAACUGCAGAUCCCAGUAAACAGUGUUCCAAAGAGGACGGUGGCGGAUGGUGGUACAACAGGUGCCAUGCAGCCAACCCCAACGGCAGAUACUACUGGGGCGGGCAGUACAGCUGGGACAUGUCCAAGCAUGGCACGGACGACGGUGUAGUGUGGAUGAACUGGAAGGGCUCCUGGUUCUCCAUGAAGAAGAUCUCCAUGAAGAUCAGGCCCUUCUUCCCGCAGCAGUAGCCUUCCCCAACCCCACAGAGCUUUUUAUUCUUCUAGGUGUAACACCAUUUUUGUAUAUUAUGUCACUGGAAUUUUCUUUCAUACCUUAUAUCCCCUAAAACUGUCAAAAGGUUGUGAGU